AUGGGUGGGGAAAGCCUCAGAUGUGAUCUAAACCCAGAUGUCCAUAGAAUAAGAGGGGCAGAAGAAAAACCAAAUGAAUGCUUGGUGCCUGGAAAGGGAUUCAGUAGGAGCACAGUGCUUACUUCCCAUCAAAGGAUCUACAUCCAGGAAAAGAAACAUAAAUGCUCACUGUGUGGGAAAAGCUACCACCAGAGGUCAAAUCUAAUGAGGCACCAAAGAAGCCACACAGGGGAGAAACCAUACAAAUGCUUGCAGUGUAGAAAGAGAUUUGGCCAGAGCUCUAGCCUUAUUUCCCAUCAAAGAAUCCACACAGGGGAGAGGCCAUUUAAAUGUUUGCAAUGUGGAAAGAGAUUUGCAUGGAGCCAAAACCUCAUGUCUCAUCAAAGAAUCCACACAGGGGAGAAGCCAUUUAAAUGCAUGAUCAGUUUAAUUAUUAAUCAAAGGGUGCAUACAGGAGAGAAACCCUAUAGUUGUCCAGAGUGCGGGAAGGGCUUCAUGGCAAAGUUGAAUUUAAUGAACCAUCAAAGAAUGCACACGGGGGAGAAACCCUAUGUUUGCUCUGAAUGUGGAAAGAGCUUUAUGCUCAAGUCCAGCCUCAUUAACCAUAAAAUCCACACAGGAGAGAAACCCCAUUCUUGCUCAGAGUGUGGGAAGUGCUUCAUGAUGAAGUCAAGUCUAAUAAGCCAUCAAAGAAUCCACACAGGAGAGAAACCUUAUGUUUGCUCUGACUGUGGAAAGUGUUUCAGUUGGAAUGAAUGUCUUAUUUCCCAUCAAAGAAGACACAGAGGUGAGAAGCCCCAUGUUUGCUCUGAGUGUGGGAAGGGCUUCACGGUAAAGUCAAGCCUUAUUAACCAUCAGAGAAUCCACACAGGGGAGAAACCCUAUAUUUGCCUGGAGUGCGGAAAAAGUUUCAACCAGAACUCUCACCUGACAUGCCAUCAAAGAAUCCACAAAGGGGAAAAACCAUUUAAAUGUUUAGACUGUGGGAAAAGCUUUAUUCGUAACGACUGCCUUGCUUCCCAUCAAAAAAUACACACAGGGGAGAAGCCAUUUCACUGCUCUGAGUGUGGGAAAAGCUUCCACAAGAAAACAAAUCUAACUGCACACCAAAGAAUCCACACAGGGGAGAAACCGUACAAAUGCCUGGAGUGUGGGAAGAGCUUCAAUCAGAGCUCAGGCCUCAGGUCACAUCAAAGAAUACACACAGGGGAGAAGCCGCAUAAAUGCCUGAAGUGUGGAAAGACCUUCACUAGGAGAACAAGCCUAACUUCCCAUCAAAGAAGCCACACAGGGGAGAAACCAUAUAAAUGCCUGGAGUGUGGGAAAGCCUUCGGGAGGAAAGGUAAUCUAGCUUCCCACCAAAGAGUUCACACAGGGGAGAAACCAUAUAAAUGCCUGGAGUGUGGGAAAAGCUUUGCUGAGAGUGGAAGUUGUAAUUCCCACCAAAGAAUUCACACAGGGGAGAAACCAUAA